AUCUCACCUGGUUGCAAGGGCGACGCAAUGUCGCAAUGUCGCCUAUUCAACUAAAUCAGUCACGUUCAGUUGCGCGACCAGUCCGGCCGAAGGAGGGAAUUCGGUUCUAGCAGUCAUGGCCUAUUUGCAAGUCUCGUCUCAAGCCAGGGUUUCAGACGAUGCGAAGCUGUCGGUCGAGUGUGCUGCGGACAACAACAUAAAGAUCGACGUGGACCAAGGAGCAAAGACGAACGAUGCCGUGAUAAACCCUCUGAGAACGUACGCCGAGGUUUUCCUCGCGGAGGCGUUGGCCACCGGCUUCCUCCUAUCUAUCGGCUGCAUGUCCUGUGUCGAAGGCGUCACCCCGACUCCGGUCACCGACUUCCACUCCGCAGUCGCUUUCGGCUUUCUCGUUACCAUUUUAAUAUCUGUUUUCGGGCAUAUAUCAUCUGCCCAUAUGAACCCAGCGUUGACGAUAACCUUCUACCUCCUCGGCCGCAUAUCCCUCCCGAUGGUCUUCGUCUACUUCUCGGCCGAGGUGUUCGGGGCUGUGGUCGGCGUCGGCCUUGUCAAGCUUGUGACACCACCUGAGCUCUUCGGUCCAACCCUGUGCGUCACGAGACUCGGCGAUGCUAUCCAACCGGUUCAAGGACUAGCCGUCGAGUUCGCCAUCACGUUCGUGCUCGCCCUACUUGUCUGCGCCAUGAACGACAAGAGGACGGCGGCUCUGCAGGAUUCGGGGUCGAUCAAGUUCGGUACUGUCAUCAUCGCGAUGUCCUUAGCCGCCGGGAAGUACACCGGAGCGAGCAUGAACCCGGCCAGGUCGCUGGCUCCUGCCAUCUGGAGCAAUUACUGGACAGCCCAUUGGAUCUACUGGGCAGGUCCGAUCGCUGCUGGCAUAGCUGCACCCUUGCUCUACAUACACUGCUUCAACAAGGAAAAUUAAACCACCUUUUUUGUAAAUAAAAUGUACAUAAAACCAC